CAUCAUCCCUUGACUUCACAGUCUUCUCCCUUGACUGAGGCUGUUUCUGCUCUUCACUUUCUCUACAACAUUUCUCUCACUUUUCUUCAGGGCUAGCUCUUUCUAUUUUCUGUAAUAUUACUUACUCUGUUUAGCUAAAUUCCCAUUCAGGUUUCCAGCACAUAUAUGGCAUCAAGCCUUUUCAGUUCUUCAAGUGGUUCUAACUCCUCAUGGACACCAAAACAAAACAAGCAAUUCGAGCAGGCUCUGGCUUUGUACGACAAGGACACCCCAGACCGCUGGCAAAAUGUUGCAAAGGCUGUGGCUGGGAAAUCUGCAGAGGAAGUUCGUAGGCAUUACGAGGUUCUUGUCCAGGACCUGAUAAGCAUAGAAUCUGGCCAUGUCCCCUUGCCUAAUUAUAAAACCAGCACUGCAAAUACUGGGAGCAAUGGUACUAGACUAGGAUUUGGAGACGAGCCGAUCAGGCUCAUGAAGAACCUAAGGCUGUAAUGAAACCGAAGCAUGAACAUUGAUCGAGCAGUACACAUGUGGUCAUUUCCAGUAAUAGAAGGGAAAAAAGUAGUACUAUUUAUGCACAAGUACAGAAAAAGUAAGUCCUUGGCCCUGGUUAUAUGCCUUUAGCUAGCCCUAGCUGUACAAUGCUUCAAAUAAAAGGGCUUAAAAAGAAUGGAACUUUUAUGUUGUCAUCAAUAAAGUUGAAAUUAUCUUAAUAG